UGUUAGUAGAGAAGAAGCGCCUUUUCUCUGAAAACUACGUAGUAGGUUAUGUUCCAAUGAUUGUCUCCUCUUAGAUGUUGACUGUUCUUAAAGUUGGAGGCAGAACGUUGUCAAUUUUUCCCGGUGACUUGAGAUAGAAAAUAAAACGUCGCAAUAAUGAGCAUGCAUGGUACGCUGUUCAAUAUUAUAUCGAGAAAUGUGUCUACAUCAACGAUGUGUAAUCAAAUAAUAAAACUGACAAGAUUAAGAGUUGUGGAUAACAGCGAAAUUGGAAAGCAAGCAAUGAUGGAGGGAAAACCACCACGAUGUAUUCAUGUUUAUAAUAAAACAGGAAUUGGUUACAUAGGGGACAGAGUGCUAGUUGCCAUAAAAGGUGAGAAGAAAAAGGGCAUACUGGUUGGUUUGAAACAACGACAAAAUCCAAAAGUUCCAAAAUACGACAGCAAUAAUGUAGUUCUGAUAGACGAUAACGGAGCACCUUUGGGUACUAGGAUUCACGUUCCGAUUCCUCAUAUCCUUCGAACGAUAAUGCAAAAAAAUACACACAGCAAAGGCGCGGAUUAUACAAGAUUAUUAGCGAUCGCAACAAAGUUUGUAUAA